UUUCUCUCUUUCUUUUUUAUUUUAUUUUGUAUAAAGCAUGUCUGCAGCAAGCCCUUAUAGCGCGGAAGCAAUUCAAAUCAAGUUCAAGGAGGUAGUUAGCCGUGUUGAUACUGAACUUGGCAAGUUUAAAUACGCCAAUGAGUUCGAGCGUAGAACUGGCGUACCCAAGAGUUAUGUCGCUCUCGGCAUUGCUGCUAUUGGCUUUGUGAUGAUUUUCUUCAACAUUGCUGGUCAACUUUUGACAAACCUUGUUUCUUGGAUUUAUCCUGCAUAUGCUUCCUUUAAGGCUAUUGAGUCUCCUGAUAAAGAAGAUGACAAGCAGUGGUUGACGUAUUGGACUGUUAUUGGUUUUGUUCAAACUGCAGAAUACUUUUCUGACCUUUUACUUUACUGGUUCCCAUUCUAUUAUCUCUUCAAGACGCUCUUGAUUCUUUGGUUGGCUUUGCCUCAAUUUAGAGGUGCCGAAGUUAUGUAUGCUCGCUUCUUACGUCCUUAUCUUCUUAAUGCACAAAUCGAUAUUGAUAAGCAAGCAGAGAAGUUGAAGGAAAAGCUCAACGUGUUUUCAUCUUCAAAGACAGAAUAAAAAAAAAAGAAGAUUUCUAAUUUUUCUGCAAAAUAUAAAUAAAUAAUUUUUUUUCUUAUUUCUUGGCUCAUUUUCAUGCGUGAAAAAUCAACAUCACCAACCUGAUAAAUCGUCAACCCUCUUCUUUAGAGAAAAGACAUAGUUUUAAGCUUCAUAAAGCAUUUUUUGCUAUAUUGUCUACUAAAAUAUCAUUAAGCCA